AUGUCUUUCAAGCGUGAAGGAGUCGACAAAAGUUUGCUUAAUGUGUUACGGUUUAACCCUUUAGCACUCAACAUGCCCAAAUCCAGGACUUUAAGGAGCUCUCCUGAACGGAACGUACUCCUUUACCUUUUCUAUCUACAUUCUUUUCAGAAAAGAAGAGUGGAAGAAUUGUUUGCUGAAAACAUUCCUAACGAUGAAGCUCAAAUGCUUUCAAAUGGCAAAUUUACCUGCACUGUUUGCCAUUAUAGACCAGUUUUUGACACUGUUCAGAUUUUGGCUCAACAUCGACAUGGGAAAAAACAUCUUGAAAAUGCAAAGCGAGCAAAAGUGAAACUUGAUGAACUCCAAGAAUUGAUUGAAAUCCGAAAACAGAAUCAGUCUUUAGGAAAUAGUUCUUCAACUUUGCCUGGGAUUUCUAAAGCUGCUACUUCCUUGUUGACCAAAUCACCUUAUGAUGCACGAGUGUUGAAAAACAGGUUAAAAUCUCAUGACCGAAAACCAACGAUCAAUCUGCAGAAUUCUUCCACAAAUUUGGAGCCAUAUCUAGACUCGAGAGCAAAGAUCAAAGAUGAUCAGACAAAUGAAUUGGCUUAUAAGUAUUGGCAACUUGCUGGGUCAGGUUGGAAGAAAAACUGGAGUGGAAAAUGGGAAAAAGAUGAACAAGCAGAGUUUGAUUCUGAUGAAGAACCACCGGAUUUACCUUAA